GAGUGGAGCUCCCUCUGGCGAAUGCCUCGCGUCAGUCGAGCCGUGUAUCGCGUCGCGGUGAUGUCGUGUUGUAGUUGCGUAUUUCGCGUAUCUUGUUUCGAGCACUGAUGACGCUUUGCUUACCGUGAUUAUGAGCGACGUGAAUUCAGUGAAAUCAAGUUCGACAUAUUGUUCCCGAUAUGUUUUGAAAGCAGUGAGAAGGAGCAGCGCGCGAUAGAAAUAACAGGCAGGUUUUAUUGUGAACGCUGGACCGCGUGCUUUCCGACCGUGUCGGUCUUUCCUCUUUCGGAGUUUUCAAGGUUACGGUUUCAAUACCGGCACGAACGAUCCCGAAGACCGCCGUUUCUGUCUGCGGUUUCGGUCGUCCUCUCUCUGUCACUCACGUGUCCCUGUCGCCCAUUCUAAAAAGAAAAAAGAAACUGGAAUAUAGCAACUCGUGUAAUUUUAACGUUCGUCGAUUUCUAUUUCACGCGCGUAACUUGAUAUUUCCAUGAAUUUGUAUCGUUUUUUCCCACCUGUACAUACGUGAUGUGUUUCUUGUUUACUGCUCCAUUCAACUAGUUCCUCGUUGAAUUUCAUCGGAAACAGUGAAGUUUUACUUGUAAGCAAAAGAAAGUAUUUCUAACAGGAAAUCGAAGAGAGGUUACGUUAACGAUAUAACAUUACUGGAGCGAAACUGUUGGUAGUUUCGUGAGAAGAGACUUCAAGGUCAGGAAGGAAUAACCACAAGAGGGACGUGUCGGUAUCAUAAUAGUGUUGGAAGAAAAGAAUUCUUACGAUUCGACUGAAUGUAGAUUAGUGUAUGUUCUGUGAUUAAAGCCAUAUUGUUUGUUUGACGUCUUCCAUUCUUCUGUGAAAGGUACGCCAGUAUACAUUGAAAACGUGCGAGUUUGUAUUAUCCUUCGAACAAAAGUGCUACGAAAAUCCCUAGCAUUCGAAGUACGUAUAAAGUAAUAGUGGUAAAUAUCUGAUAAAUAAAAGAUUUCUUAUUGCGCGUGCUACAUUAUAUAGGCUAUAAACAAAGCCAAUACCUAGCAGGUCGCGCGCAAUAACAUUCGUCAGUUGUAAUUUGGUGUUCCGAAUCGAGACACGUGCGUUUGAAUCGAUUGCGUUUAAAAGGAUUAAUACCUUGGAUCGGUUGAAUUUCUCUGCUAUUCUCUCUUACCGACCGAGAAGCGUGCUUCGUGAAAUAGAACGAGGCAGGGACACGGAGUACAAUUACCCGCGUUUUUCUUUUAAUUCUUAACUGUGCAGCGAGAGAGAGAGAGAGAGAGAGAAAGAGAAAGCGACUCGUAGCAAAGCAGAGGUUCGCUUAGAAGCGUUCGAAACGAGAGAGAGAUCGUAUCGGCGCGUCGAACCAGUUCGAUCGUCCGCGCCUCGUAAUGAGCCGGGGCACCGCACGUUGAAGAUCGAACGUGACCAGUGCAGUAACCCUCCUCCCCCUCGCGCGCGUAGUCGAUCGGUAUUCUCGAAGGAGCCGUUAAUCGAGGGUACCGCCCAUUACAAGAAAAAGCAAUCGGACCCGGGAUCGGUUUCAGGCCGAUUCGAUAGCGAAUAUCAUACGUGACUUCGUUCUUUCCCUGAAGACGUCGUCGUCGAUCCGCAUUCUUUCGAAGAUGUCGCGGCGCGUAGUUUCGAGACAGAGCGCAUAGGCAAGGAGGAGACAAGGACAGAACGGGACGAGAUCUCGGAAAGGAAGUCGAAGGGAGAGACACGUGUACACGAGAAGAGAGAGAGCGGCGGGGGCGUGAUAAAGCCCUCGCACUCCUCGCCAACGACAGACAUGACGAUGGCUAGCAACAUUGUGGUUGAGUGGCUGCGCUCGCUUCACUUAGGCCAAUAUUCCGAGUCGUUCAUCGACAAUGGCUACGACGACCUUGAGAUUUGCAAGCAAAUCGGUGAUCCCGAUCUGGAUGCGAUCGGAGUGUUUAAUCAAACGCAUAGAGCUAGAUUACUUCAAUCGGUGAAGACACUGAGAGAAGAGGGUGCUGCGAGCGUUUACUUCACCUUAGAAGAAAGCAACGAUUGUUUGUGCGACAAUGUCAGCUCGAAAUCUUCUAGAACGUCUUCUGAGAGACCGCUCAGCGAUAAAGAAGCGCAGAGGGCUUCGCCAACUGCCAGCUCUUCGAGCGGUGGUCAGGAAUUAACCAAGUUCGCGGACGAGUACGAGGAGGGAAAGGCGGAGCUCGUCAGAAUCCCAAGGAUGCAGCUACGGGUGCUGCUGCAGGAGAAGCUGAGGCACGACGGCAUCAGGCUGGCUUGUCAACCUUACACAACACCGGAAGGUGAGAGGGGAUACUUAGAGGGACUGGCUUCAAGGUAUGCAGACCUCUUCAGAACGCAUUACGGAGACGUCCUGGAACCGCUUGAGGAGCUACGCCGCCGUGAAACAAAUGCUUCUCCCAGAAUGCCCAACACUCAACUCACUACCAGUCAUUCACAGCCCAUUUACGUGCCCGGAAAAUACUCGCCCUCGAGCUGUCUGAGCGAUAAGGAAGAGGACGAAAUCUAUGGCUUUGGAUACGGAGUAUUCAGCAGGCAGAUGCUUCAACAACGACAACAGAAACUUGCUCUUGCCGCACAAAACACCACUGCAGUAACGCCAGGUGGACAUCAACAGCCUUAUCAAAGUUGUCUGAGCCCAAGGUCUGCGCUGUUCUACGAGUUCCCGCCUAACGAACAAGGACAAACUACGAGCAAGAAGAAAACAACAUUUUCGCGACUACUUCGAGGACUAAAGACGCACAGGAAGGAGAAACAAGCACAAGCUCAAGGUUCCCCGAGGCAUGGACGCGCAAGAAUAGGAGUACCACAAAGAGUGGACACGCCAGAUAGUGUUCUGCAAAGUGGAUUAGGCUUGGGACCAGAUAUGGGACACACAAUUUUGCGUUCUAUGGUGGAUCCAAGAGAUUACGAUCGAUUAAGAUAUUUGCAAAUGAACGGUGGUCAGCCAAAUAGCUUCGAGGAAACCAUACAUAGGCUGAAGGUUCAAGAGGCGCUGAGAAAGAAGGAACGAUUUCAUAAAGAACACGAAGAGAUACUGAGGGACAUCCGGCAGGGUUUAAUGCAGCUUGGCCGAGACGGACGGGGUCAGCUCCCUGGAGAUGACACUUACAUGUACGACGAGGAUGCACGUUGCGGAGGAGGACUGGGUUUGGGUCCUGGAGGUCAACAUUGGUAUGACGAACCUCCAUAUGAGUCAGAUCCUGAAGACUUCCUCAUGGGAGCCAGCGGUGGUCCUGUACCAACAGCGACUAUUCAAAAUGGAAGAGUAUGUUUCACGCUGAAUUUAAGGCCAGAAAACAGAGGUGAGGGAAUUAUUUCGCUUCGAACUGCCGGAGACAUUAGUCUCCCGCGAGAUCGUUCCAGGAAAGGUGCAACUUCGACAAUGCGAGGUCUUAUUGUGCCACAAGGUCAUAAUAAUCCACCAGCUAUCAUACCACUUACGCACUCGAGGGCUUCUCGAGAAAGUGGAGACUACGCGAGUAGCGAUGUCCAGAGCCGGAGUAGCGGCGAGGAAGGACUAUCGCCGAGCCAAAGCAGCGACUACGAGGAUCAAGAAGAACUCGAGAAUCAACACUCGGCCGCCGUACACACAUCGGAAGCUAGCGCUUUACUUGAGGGCGAUACGAGGGCGGGGAUCGCAGGACGAGCACGAAAUUUGAGGCACGACGUGCAACGGAAGAUUUCAAGGCUGCGUCAGGAUCGCACAUCAUCCGAAGCAUUCCCGUGCAGCGCGAGCAGCGUGGAAAGUCUUCCAAGCGGAAGUGGCUCGAGCACGCAGGCACUUGUGCGUGCAGGAAGCAAUCACAGCUCGAUAUCCUGCGAAGACAGGGAUGCUAUCAGUCCAACGUCUAUCGGGCCUGUACUUUGCAGAGCCAGGGCUCUGGUCGAUUAUACACCUAGCCCUUAUGACAAGGAAGCACUAAAGUUUAAGAAGGGAGACAUCAUCGACGUGGUACAAAUGAACAAGAGCGGCCUGUGGAAGGGUGUUUUGCACAACAGGAUAGGCCACUUCAAGUUCAUAAACGUCGAGAUACUAAACGACAGGGUUCCAAGGCGCGGAGAACCCGAAGGCCGGGGGAAGUGGGGCCAGAGGUAUAGGCAGAAGCCUGGUUCCGUUCAAGAGCUCUUGCAGAGAAUGAAUCUUCAGGAACACAUUCCUGUAUUUGUAUUUAACGGAUACGAGGAUUUGGAACUCUUCAGGGAAAUUGAGGCUGCGGAUCUUGAUUACUUGCGCAUACAUCAGCCAGAACAUCGCGCGAAGAUACUGACAGCUGUGCAACUAUUAAAUGACCUUCAAUCCGGAAGCGAAGGCGAUUUAGCUUCGAGCUCGGAGGGCGACGAGGUGAGUCGACUGGUCUUAACCUCUGGCCAGACAUCCGGCCAUUGUUCACCGUUUAAUCGCCGCCAGUUCCCGCGGGACUCCGGUUGUUACGACGCUCACAAGAAUUCUACCAGUCGACGAACCGUAAGCCCGGAAUCGACUACGACUACCAAGCUGCCCAGAGAGAACAAUCUCGACGCUACAGCAUCCACGAAGAACGUCAGCGGUGUCAGCACAGAAGGGAGCACUGUUUCCGAUAGCAAGGACGACUUUCAUCCUAACAUACCAAUUACUGGCAACGUAACUGGCCAGAAGGAGGGCCAGUUCGACAAAUCGCCAUUGCUCCGUAGCGGCAACGUCCGGUUCAUCGCGAAGAGAGGGAAUUUCGGCGAAACGGUGGUGAUAGAGGAUACUUGCGAGAGCGGGCAGAAACUCGGUGGCAUGGUGAAGUAUGUGGUUGGCAGCGGUGACCUUGGCCUCGAAGGUACCGGCAAUAUCACCGGUUUGGGCCAGAGGGGUUGCCUCAGUGAGAAAUCCAGCGAUUCCGGUGUUAGCUCAUCCAGCAUCAGCUCGGCUCCGCCACCAAGAGAUAAAGUUCUCGCCAAUGUUGCGUCGGAUUCACCUACCAAGAAUUUUAGUAACUUCACCAGGGCAUCGCCGACUUCCCAGCCAGCUACCAAUAAGAGUCAAAGCGGUGAGGCUAGUUACCAGUAGAGAGCAAUACGAGUGAAGUUCGAACGAGACUUAUAGAAAUUCCCUUUUGCCUUCAUACUUUGCACCCUUACGUGUUUCUGUAAAUUUCCAUUUGCAAAUUAUUGACGCACUUACGCGCCGUUUCACGCGGAAUUUGGACGAAUUUUAUAGAUCAACGCGACUGUACAAUAGCGACUAGAGAGAGUUCUUCUGCCGCGUCAUAAGUACUCUACACUUAAUAGAGGUUAGGAUAUUCGACACGAGUUUAGAUAGGUGGACUGAUAGCAAAUAUAUCGUAGAAAACAAUUUUGGUAUCAGAAUUCUUUGUAGGUUCGAAUGUUUUGAUGAGCAUUCGAAGAUAUAUGGAUAUAAUUAUUGAAAGUAUGUGGUGUAAGUACAAUGUAUCAGUAGAAUACAAUAUAAAGAUUGGUAUAUCGGUACAUCUUGUUUUAGCUCGUUUGAUAAGUUCUAGCUAUCCUGUAAUAUACCGAAGUUAUUGUAAAAGAUAAUAAUUAUCUAUCUAAAAUUUGGUUUCAAUUAAUCAACCUGCUUGAAAGGAAGCUACCCGAUGCAAACGAUUUCAUUUGAAAGGGGAUUUUAAGUCAAACAAAAAUUCACACUGAUUAAAAUAUUUCAAGUUACUACUUAUAUGUCAGGUAACUUGAUGUUACAACUUGAAUUUAAGCAACUCGACUAAUCUCAUCGAAACUUAAAGAAGAAAUCUUUGCAGAACGGUGACUUGUUGAAGCUUAUUGAAUAUAACUGAUUGAUUAUUAGCUGAAUUAUUGAAUAUGACUGAUUGAUGAUGAGAUUGAUUAUGUAAUAAUAUUUAACAUUUUAAUUGAUUUAUCAAGCGAAGAUUUAUAUCAGAAAGCAUGAAAAUGGUUGUAAUUGAACAACGAGCUUAAACGCAAGAUGUAUGAUUCGUAUAUGAAUCUUUUUAUUGUUUUGCGCCUUGAAAUCAGCGAUACAAUGCUGCUUGACGUCCAAUAUAUUCCGCGAAUGAUGCAGUGCAGGGUUUCUUUCGCUUUCAUUCGAGCUUCGAGUCGAAAGAAAUAGCAUGGUGUUUCGCUAACUUUUAUUGCCUUAUCGAUUCUUUGUCCUCGUUACUUUAUAAUCAAAAAUCUGCCGCCUUCUUAAACGAGAAUCUCAGCUUUGUUUCGAUAUUAGAUUAGAAUAUUACGUGAUUAUUCUCGUUCUGAAUUUUCAUAACUCUCAUUAUCGACGAAAGAGAUAUAAAAAGACAAAAUGAGACAGAAAGAAAACUUAAGUAUCUUUGACGAGAAAAGCGAGCAAAGUGUUUCGACGUUUGUACUUGUACGUGAAUGGAAAGAAUUUGGCAGUAAUGUUCGACAGAAAACAAAUGAAAUGCUUGCCAUGUCACUGCCAGUCAUUUCAUGAUCUCGUCUAUCGUUUUCGACGCUCGUAUAAUUACUAAUAAUAAUAUUGUGAUAAGAUUGCAUUUACGUCUAAAUAAUUUGUAAAUAGGUAAAAAUACGCAAUAGAAAGAUUCGUCUUUGCAAUUUGUAUACAAUACUAAGCUACGAGAACAGAGACUAAAAGAGAUGUUUAAACGAGAAAAGACACGUUGAUCCGUCGAUUCUACUCGACGUUGGGCUUUGGUCAGCUAUUUAAUCCUUUUCUAUAAGAAGUGGCUGAUUAUUAACCAGAAACUUCUAGAUUAAAGACUGCCAACACAAUUUAAACUUUUCCAUGGGGUAUGGUGUUUAUUCAUUUUUUUCUAUGUUCGAGUCUGACUUACUUUAAUUUCAUAAGAAAUACAUACGUAAUUUGCAAAUUGUACAUCGAAUGCAAAUAUGAAAGCUAAGUGAUAAUCGUAAUGAUUUGUCAUUAAAUGUUAUAAUUUAGAAACUUUUUUUCUUAUUGCCAGUUAUAUAUAUGUAUAUAUAUAUAUAUUGUAGCUUUUUUCUUAACUAGAAAAUAUUUGAAAUUCGAGUGUAAUCAAGUUGGGUAAAAUAGUGGAUUAUUAGGUACUUACAAAAUUUAAAUAAUAUUUUUCCUUCCUCCAAUUAAAUUUUCUAAUUUUUAUAAUAAUGAUAAUAAUAAUAAUAAUAUUUUGUUGUAAAUUGUAUAAGUUCUUCGUCUUUUUGUUUCAAACAAAUAAUCAAUUUUAUUUAGAGGUACUGACUCGAAUCUUUGAGAAAAAGGUAGUCAAUCCAUAUGAAAUUGUAUAACGAGUUGUUAAACAAUUCAUUAUCGAAGUUCCUUUUACAAUAUUAUUUUGUCCAAUUUUGUAACACAAUUGACUUCAUCGAUAUUGUCUAUUCUUUCGAUGCUAAUAUUUUAUUUGAAAGAACUACAUUAUUAGUACAUGAUCGACAAUCCCCAUCAUCGAUGCAACUUAGUUCUUCGACAAGAUGGUAAAUCUGUACAUGUGUACAUUGACUAUACCUGCAAAAGAGAGAAAAAAAGACGUUCAAAGUUAUAAAGUUUUUGUAUGUACAUAUACAGCACGCAUAGAAACCUAACGAUGUUUUAUAUUGAUCCAACCCUUUGCCAAAACUUUAGACUAUACAAAUCUCUAUACAUAAAUAUACAUAUGUUACAUAUAUCAUACCGUUGGUUCUUAUGUAUAUCUUUUGUAUAGUGUAAAAUGAUAGACGAAUUUAAAAAAAGUAUAAAGCGACGCAGUACGAGAUCAGGAAUGAAAACCGAUGAGAACUCGUGAAUAAAAAGAAAACAACAAGAAAUUAUCAAAAUGGCACGAUUAUCAAAAUACAGUCUAAGAACUCUAUUAUACUGUAAAUAGAAUAUAUGAAAAUAUAUAUUCGUUUCGAAAGGAUAAAAGAAACACACAAAAGCGAUUCGAUGACUAUCCAAAAUAGCGGACUGAUGAACAAAUGUUAGAAAAUCUUUAUAUAGGCUUUUAAGAUGCAUGUUUACCUUCUUCAUUAUUAUCGAUUUACAAGGUAGUUGUUAGAAGGUUUAUCCCUUUUUGUAACAAGUCUGUUACGCUUUUUCGUACAACCAUUGAUGAAUAGAGUAUCGAUUCUCUACGUAGAAACGAAACUUUCUAGGAAUACGUGAAACUCUAAACCGUGAUUUGACUCCGGCAGAUCUCGGAGAAUAAAUAAGUUGACACACGCUGCUUCCAUGAUAAUAGCGAUUGUUUAAAUACGUACUUUAUCAAUAUACCGCAUUAAGUGAUUUGUAUUGCAAGGUUCGAUUAUGUCCAAGCGACGAGACGAAAGUUGAUUUACGUUGAUCUUGAACAUGACAUCAAGUGAAGUUGAUAUUUCCAACGGAGACGCUAUACGAAGAAAGAGAGAACAAUUUUACGAAUUUUUCGCAGAACGAAUUAUGAAGCCAAAAUCCUCGUUACUUCUUGUACACAAAUUACGGUAAUGGUAUAGUUUGUCCGUUCCAUCGAGAAUAAUAUUACGUGUAGAGGACGAAUAAAAAAAAAAAAAAAAGGAAAAUAUAUAUAAAAAUAAAAAAAAAAAAAUAAAAAACGUAAGAACGAAACAGUAAGGCAUGAAUAGCGGCGACGAGUGAAACUAAAUGGAAAAAAGGAGAAUGAGGAAGGAAGAGAGAAUGGGAGAGUGCAUGGAAAAAAUGUUAAAAUUAGUAACGUUUUGAGAGUAUGAUUAGAUGCAAUACAAAUAAUUUUAUUAGUUCGAGAAAAAGUACGCAACAUUUGAUGUAAAAAAGGUCAGAUUUGUUAUAAAAAUAGAUGCAGUGAAUUAUAAUCGAAAUAAGUAAUUUGAAGAGAUAGAUACGUGAGGGUAAAGGUGUCUUAGUAAAAGCAUUAAGUGUGUUUGCGAUUCGGAUUUCGUGCGAAUGUGAAGUGAAACGAACGGACGGUAUCCAUCUUGAUCUAAACGAUCGAUUAAUCGAGAAAAAUGUGUGGUCACCGUGAGGAAAUUCGACGAAAGCACGGUGGUUUAAGAGAGUCGCUAAAUCGCUAGUGAAAAUGAAAAUAAAAAUUAUUAAGCAUCUACUUAGCGGUCUAGUCCAUUUUUUCUUGCAAAGUUUACAAUUUGAUGCGAUAUAUGUAUAAUGUACAUAAAGUAAGGAAAUAAAUGAAAAAAAGGAAACAGAAUUAGAAAAUGGCAAUCGCGUCAGCGUGAGUUGCUGAAACCUUUUUAUAAGCUGAUUUUAUAUUUAUUAAUUAAUUGCGGGUUUUAUAGAGGUAACGAAUUCGUAAUUCUUAUCGUUUCUCAGUUCUUGUAUGGUUUCCAACAAGUGUUAAUUUAUUGACUGUGAAUAGAAAUAAAAUGACGGAAGAUUCAAA